AUGGCUAGUCAGAGCAGCGAUGAGCUGUGUACAGCCAUGCUGGGCCCAUCGGCUGACGCAGAGCCAGCAACGUGGGUCCCCUCUCGUGCGUCCCCGCAUCCCAACGUGGAUUCACGGGAGAGUUCGGAGAAGCAGGGCGACCAAGCCGAGAGCCCAGAUCCCGUCUCCCAAGACAACCCGCCACCACAGGGCGCAGACUACGGUGUGGAGAGUAUUCUUCAGCUCUCCCUCCCAAGAAAGCUCUGGACGAUGGCGGAGGAGCCCGCCUUCACCUCUGUGCGCUGGAAUGACAAGGGAGAUAUGGUGAUCGUCGAGGAAGACCUCUUCCAGAGGGAGGUUCUUCACCGCAGAGGCGCAGACAGGAUUUUCAACACAGACAGCUUGACGACUUUCAUCCGCCAAAUGAACCGGCACGGAUUCAGCAAAAUACGCCUGAGCAGCCGCUCUCCAGGGAAGAAGAGGCUGAUGAUCUUCUGCAACUCCAACUUUCAGAGAGACAAGCCUCUGCUCAUCGAGAACAUUCAGAGAAAAUGCAACCUGGGAGCAACUGAUCAGCCCGGGACCAGCGCAACAGCCCCGAAGGGAAAGAAGCCGGUGGCUGCCACUAGACGCUCCCCACAAAUCCCUUACAACGAUUCCACCACCCAGAAGAAAGCCCCAGGUGCUCAGGGGCCCAGCGCUACCCAGCCUCUCCUGUCCUCUAGCACGUGCUCUACGAGCGGUGGAGCGGGAUGGGCCAGGGGACACCACGCCCCCAGUGAGCAGGGCGGCCUGAGCGGGCAGGGCACUCCCUGGAAUGUCACUUCUGUGCCCCCGCUUGGCGCCAGGGAACUGCCCGCCAGCCCCACGGUUUACCCGGCUUAUGGCUCGGAGAUGUCUCUGUACAACAGCUGUCUCUCCCUCCUGCCGGGGGCCCUUUUAGCUACGUCCCCAAACAAGGUCCCUGAGGUGGACGAGGAGUAGGGGGGCUCCUCAGACUGCAGGCGUGCUCUCCGCCAACAGUGCAAGGACCACUGCGAUCCCUGA